AUGCCGAGCAAGCAGCAACAGCAGCAAUGCAAGCCACUCAACGGCAUCGGCGGUGACGUUGGCAAGUCGACGUGUGCAUCAGUCAUCUCGGCCUCACCUGCAGCGGCGCCGUCGACACCGUCACCCCCCUCACUGCCCUUCAACUCGAUACCGCACGCCACCUCUGGUGACCGCCUCAUCGGUGUUGAAGUCAGCUCGAGCAUUCCGGCACUGAUGAGUGAGCUCGGCGAGCUGCUGCAGCAAACACCUGGCGGCAGCAAUGGCAGCAGCGACGGCGUACCAGGCGGGCUGUGGCGUGGCCAGAAUGGUGGUCUCCUCUUUGAGCACCUCGACACUGCAGCAGCGUCGCCGAGCGAGACCGCUGCGGCGCUUUUUGGCGGCAUUGACGUAAACCGUCGCAUCGAGCAAAUAUCGCCCAGCGCUCUCGAGCGCUUCUCAAAGGUGUUCAACCUGCAGCAGCGUCAGAGUGGCUUUAUGUCUUCGGCGGCCGGCGCAGUAGCGGCAGCGAGCGCCACCACCGCCUUAAAGUGCAGCUCCAGCGGCGGCGGCGGGGCCUCUGCCACGAUCGAGGCACUGGACGACGGCGAGGACGGCGACAUGGACUCAGCGAGUGGUAGCAGCACUGCAGCCGAUGACGUCUUCCGGGCUGCGCACCGCGACAGCAGCGGUGACUACAACGUGUUCUGCGCUGCCGCUCGGAGGCACAACUUUGAUGAUAUGUUUGAAAUGAUGCAGCGCAGCAUCGGUAAGUACGCUCGCAGGACCAGCGGCGGCGCGGGAGACAAGGGGGUGGGGAGUGGCGGUGACCUCGGCUUCGAUCCAUCUGCUUGCUCAGAUCCCCUCACACAACUGGAGCUGUUCCGAGCAAUGAUGGUGGCCACAAGCAAGGGCCGCAGCAACGGUGUCGGUUCAGUGGCGGCGGCACACGAAGCCAAGGCCGAUGAUGCCGAGGCCCGCUUACGAGAUACCUCUGCUGGUGGCGCCAAUGCUGAGAGUGGAUUGGCAAAUCACUUUCGAAGCUUCCUCGAUGUACUCAGCCCACAGCUGAUCAACCAGUUGAUGCUGCAGCAGCGAGCGGCCAAGAGUGCCGGAAUUGGUGCUGGUAGCGUUGCGAGUGCGGUUAAAUCCGGGGAAGCAACGACAACUGCAGCCGCCGCUGUGGCACGUGGAGUGGACAUGUCAACCCGUGGCGUGGCGAACCUAUCAGACUUGCAGCAGCGUGUGGAGCAGGUGCGCGGGCUCAGCAGCAGCACCCUAGAUGCACUUGCGGAGGACGAUGUGUCGGAAAGUACAUCUGGUAGCCUGCGCGAGCUUUUACUUGGCGACCCGGCAGGUGCGGCUGCGUCUGGGACGGUAUCGCCUGAGCUGGAGUUGAGCAGUGCCAAAGUGGGAUACUGCCUAACCGAGGCCGCCGCCGUGGCGGUAUCGAUGUUGUGGAGCUACCUGGGGAGCCAGCAGAAAGAGGCGCCGCUGCUUCUCGGCUACACGCGCGAGGAGGCACAGAGCCAAUUCAAUCUUCUUCUUUUCCGUCUGCGUCAGGAACUUUUUUCGCAGCCGGCUGCGAGCUUGGAGGAGGUGAGCCGCUGCCUCGGUGGUUGUGUGCAGACGGACGCCGAGGACAUCUACCGCGCCAUUAACGGCGUAGGUGUUCUUCUCUUCUUCACCUGCAAGCCACUUCCAUUACUUGAGAAGACGUGCAAUGAGCUCCAUAUCUCCCUCUCGGACUCGGCCAACACCGACUGCAACAUCAUGCCAGAGCUGAUUGCCGAGAAGCUGGCGGCAUUCCUGUACCCGAUGAAGGGAGGGAAGCUGUCUUUUGCGCACCUCAGCUUUAUCCCUCGCUUGCAGGUGCACGAGCACGCACCGGGCAACUACACAUGCACGAUCGAUAACGCAAGCAACAUGGGGCGCAUGCUGCGCGAACGGCUGCUCAGCAACCGCUUCAGUUGCAAUAAGAUCAAGUGGCGCGCUGCGUUGAUAAAUGACAAGGGCAAACUCAAGUUCCAUGUUUGGCACCGCCACUCGACCCCGCUCUCCGUCCACGUUCUCCUUCGCACUUCGGAGCCUAAGAAGAGGAAGAAGGGCGGUGGUAACAACGUCUGUGUGAACGGCACAGCUGGGGAAGAGAAAGAUGCGGCUGUGGCAAGCGCCGUCGAGGAGCUGCGCGCCAACUCCGCUCUCUUUAUGGAGCAGCAGGUGACGGCGGCACCAGGCGAGAUGGUGGGGUUCACACAGGACUUCAUUGAUUUGACUGUCGCGCUCAGCUCACCGACGACUUUGCAGCACGGCUAUCGUACCUACAACAAAGCGGACGACCGACUGGUGUUCCAGUUCUCGCUGCAGCUGAGCUGCGUGGACGGGGCCCCGCUGGACGGGGCUGCGGCAACGAACGCAAGCAAUAAGGUACCAGUGAAGCAGACAAGCGACGAUCAGGAACCGAGCCUUAGCGGGUCGACCGAAGGCAAGACAGACGGCGGGGACUCGAAGGACGAUCCGGACGCAGAGCUACACGCAGCAAUGCAUCGUAUCAGCGACAGCGAGACAGCCGCGCGUGCUUCGAUCGAGGAGACAGCGAAGUGGGACUACCGUCACCUGCUGAACGACGAGUGCCGCGAGGCUCACUAUGCGCGUCAGCGGUCAGAGGACCGGGAGCGCAAGGUGCUGUUGGCGAAGGUGGGGCCCACCCCUGAACUGAUCAAAGAGGUGGAGAAGCUAAGCCAGUCCGUGCAAGCUGCGCAGCAGCAGAUCGCAAAGCUCAACAAGGAGAAGAGCAAAGAUGAGAAGGAGGGCGAGAGGACGGCAGAGAAGCUGGCGCAGCACCAGGCAGAGCUGUCGUCGUUGCUAAGUUCGCUGGAGUCAGGCCAGUCGGAGCUGUUGAGGCUGGAGGCAGAGACGAAGGCGGCCGAGGCGCGUAUUGUAGAAAAGCGCGCGCGGCAGGCGCGCAAGGAGGCCAAGAAGGCGGAGCAGAGCCAGUGGACAGCCCUGAAGCGCGUGCUGGAGCCCACUUCCUUGACGACGCACCAUGACACCCUCGCCAUCAACGACUUUGGCAGCUUUUUGCAGUCUGCUCCGGUUAUGGCGACCUCGAUGCCGCAGCAGCCACAACACUCAGCGGUGUUGCCCGCUGGGCAAUCCUUGUCGUCGCUCCUUGGCUCAAGCUCCGGUGGCGGUCCUGGCAUUCUACCACUCACCGGCGGCUCCGCCGGCCUCAGCGCAUUCGGCACGGAUCCCUUUUCGGUGCGCACGCCAAUGACCACGUCGCCGGGUGGGGGUAUGGCGAACGCGACGCCGGUCUUCUCCACCCAGCCAAAUGUGGGCUUGGGGACCAGCAGCAAUCUCGGGAACGGCACCGGCACCGGCGGCAGCGGCAGCACCAGCCCGGGCGCCAGUGCUGGCGCAAUUGGUGGCGGACACCCGCACAUAAACGGGAUGAGUGGCGGUGCGCACGGCGCCACGCCUUCGCACCCGGGGAGGGCGUCCCCCAUGGUGCCGUCUUCGCCUGGGGUGAUAAGCAACGCGUCUGCCGCAGUGGGCAGCUGUAGCAGCCCUGCCUCAGUCGUCGGUGCGCCAAUCGGCAGCCCUGGAAUGCCACUGUCAGGCGGCAACGGAGUCUCCGGCAAUAUCGGCAUGGACAGCAGCGGCAGCGGUAGUAACGGCGGCGGCGGGCUCUCCUUCGGCCUCGCUCCGUCUCUCUUCAGCACCAAUCCGGUCAGCCAUACUCCGCACAGCACAGGAGGUGGUGGUGCCAACGCGAACCACAGCACACCAAACAACCUGUACACGUCUCUGGAUGCUAAUGCACAGCCCUUCAGUCCCUCGCCGCCGCCGACCAUGCCGACGGCAGCGAUUGGCAGUGGCCCGACACCGGCGGCGUCAGGCAGCGGCGGAGGCAACACAAGCGGAAAUCACAGCCACAAUCACAGCAGUGGUAUCGGCUUCGCCUUUACUGUCACAGCUGGCGCGCAUCCUGGGUUGGUUGGUGGGUCCUCCUCUCAGAUCUACCAGAGCGGCCCUUCCGGCUUCUCCAGCGGCAGUGCUCACGACAUGACAAGUCACUCGCCGUCGCCCUUCUCGACGACGCCCAUGUCCAACCCAGUGGCGAGCAGUAUUUACGGGAUGGGUGGUGGCAACCACGGCAGCACACAUGACAUACAAGAGCAUCGUGCGCAUCCGCAGCAGCAUUUGGGAUUGCUGGCGCCACGGUCGCACACUCCCAACGAACUCUUGAGCUUUUCAACGGGUCUCCAAUGGCGUAACUGA